UUUUCUUUUUUUCCUCGGAAAAGAAAGAGCAGGAAAAUUUUUACGACCAAACUCGAAUUGCAGUUAAAACCCCCAGGGUCAGGGACAGAGUUCAUUUUUAUUUAUUUUUUUCUCCUUUUAUUUUCGUUAAUUAAUUUUGGAAUCCCGCGCAAUUUGUCUCGAAGCAAGCAAUAUCCCAUGUUUGUCUCUCUCUCACACCCUAAUUCUUGAAUCUUGGUAUCAAUUAAUUUGGGUUCCGAUGGCGGAAGAGAAGAGGGCUUCGUCGUCGUUCGUUAAGAAGCGAGACCGGCAAAUGUUCACGGUGGAGCUCCGGCCAGGAGAAACCACCAUAGUUUCAUGGAAGAAGCUGAUGAAAGACGCUAACAAGUCUAACGGAUCCACUUCUGUCCCCCAACACCCUACAAUCGCUCCGGGACAACCUGUUGAGAUUGAAGAAAAUGAUCCUUCUCAGCCAAACCGUUUCAGUGCAGUAAUAGAGAAGAUUGAACGCCUUUAUAUGGGUAAGGAUAGUAGUGAUGAUGAGGAUCUGCUUGAUGCUCCUGAUGAUGAUCAGUACGAUACAGAAGACUCUUUUAUAGAUGAUGCAGAGCUGGAUGAAUAUUUUGAGGUUGAUAAAUCUGCUAUCAAACAUGACGGGUUCUUCGUAAAUAGGGGGAAAUUGGAACGCAUAAUUGAACCUCCUGUAUUGCCUAACCAGCAAUCAAAGAAAAGGCGCAGAAAAGAUAUAUUGAAGAAUCCUGGUGAAAAUAAUGAUGAUCAUAGAUCAAAUAAACAUAUAAAAGUGGGCAAGUCAGCAUCUGGAAAAACAGCUUCAAUACAGGCGAAGAAUAUAUUUAAUCCUUCACCGAAUUUGGUUGCACCUGGUGAACAUAAUGAAGAAUUGAAACUUCAGAAUCAAUCGGAUCUCUCUGGAAUUAGUUCAAAAAAGAAAACUGCUAAUGCAAAACCAAUAUUGGACCCUUCUGUCUCUUUGAAAGCAUCAAGUGAUGAUAUUCUUGCUUCGGUGACAGAAGUAAAAAAUGCUGAUAAGCAGAAGAUAGGAGCUUUUCAACCUAAGAACAUCAGUGAUAAAUAUAAGGAUGCAAGUGGAUUGUUUGAUGCAUCUCAUCAGAAGUACCUUGAAAAAAGUGCAUGUGCACCUUCCAAAUCCCAACCUGGAAGACCCUCAAGUACUAUUGAUGAUUUGGAAAGUAUCAGUCGGUCAAAAGAAAAAAAUGGCAUCUGCGAACUGCCGGAUCUUAACUUGUCUGAGGGAAAGUCUGCUAUGCAAGCAACUAAAUCUGAAUACAUGCACAAGAAAGACGGUUCUAGUGUUAGGCCAAAAACUUCAAUGCUUGAAAAGGCUAUUCGCGAGUUAGAAAAAAUGGUUGCAGAAUCAAGACCACCCGCUGUGGAAAACCAGGAAGCUGAUUCCACAUCCCCGGCAGUCAAAAGGAGGUUGCCUAGAGAAAUAAAGCUAAAGCUUGCUAAAGUUGCUAAACUAGCGGCAAGCCAUGGGAAAGUAUCAAAAGAGUUUAUUAACCGUCUUAUGAGUAUUCUUGGGCACCUGAUUCAACUCAGAACAUUAAAGAGAAACUUAAAAACAAUGAUCAAUGUGGGUCUGUCAGCAAAGCAGGAGGAGGAAGAUAGGUUUCAACAGAUAAAGAAGGAAGUUGUUGACAUGAUUAAGAUGCAGGCUCCAAUUCUGGAAUCCAAGCAACAGCAGAAAGCUGGACCAUCUGGUGAUUUUCAAGAAUUUGGUCCUGAUGGAAAAGCAAUAACUAAAAGGAAGUUUAGUAUGGACACAGCUUUGGAGGACAAGAUUUGUGAUCUAUAUGACCUUUUUGUUGAUGGGUUGGAUGAAAAUGCAGGUCCCCAAAUCCGAAAGUUGUAUGCUGAGCUUGCAGAAUUAUGGCCAAAUGGUUACAUGGACAACCAUGGGAUCAAACAUGGAAUUUGUAGGGCAAAAGAGAGGCGUAGAGCACUGUACGACAGACAUAAGAAUCAGGAAAAAAUAAGGAGGAAAAAGUUGUUGGUACCUAAGCAAGAGGAGAAUGUUCAAUUUGAUACUAGUUCGAGUACUUCACAGCUGAACCAGCGAGAGAGAUUAGCAGCUCCAGAAUCUAGCAGUCAUGCUUUUACUUCAGUGAACAAGCCAGUUUCUAAUACGAGCUCAGCUGUCCGGAUCUCUAGUCCUAUGAAUGGUCUAAAACAAGAAAAAGCAAAGGGAAGUUCAAGCAGUUCCCUGGAUGAUGUAAGGGUUGCAGAUGGCGUAAUAACAAAGAAGAUAAAGAGAAAACCAGAACUUGAGUUGGAAGGAGAACAUUUUGGUCCUGAGAAGGUAGCUUCUUUGCAGGGUGAAGAAAGGUCUAGGUCACUAAAGCAGUCUGCAGUUCUUCCUACCAAAUCAACUCUUCAGUCAACGUCUCUACCGGGUCUUGAGCAGUCAAGCUAACAUGAGAUCAAGUAGGAGGUUUACAUAACACAAUGUCAAACAUUUUUUUUUUUCCCCCUAAUCUCCCCUCUCCAUCAAAUUGCUUUCUACUUAUUUUUACCAUUUUUGUAAUUACAUGUCCUUGCAAUGCUCCACGAAAUAUAGAUAGAUUUGUUAAUUGUUAUUAGUUAUAGUAGCUCUGGCAAACCGUCUUAUGACCUUAACG